AUGGCCUCCCUCUUCUUCAUCCUCAACACUCUAAUCCUCUUCGGGCUUUCAAGAUCUUUGUUUGUAGAGUACGAAUAUACCAAAGACAAGUAUGACGAAGCUCUCGAUAUUCAUGCUCUUGAUGAUGAAUUAGUCUUAAUGGAUUUCAAGUUCGAUUAUAAUAUCGGAUACAAAACACAGAAAGAUAUUGAGCUAGAUGCAAUGAACCAAUACCAGAUCCAAAAUUUCCCUCUUGAACUGAUUCGUCUUCUGCAGCAUUCAAAAUUUGAGAGGAUAGAGUUCAGAAACACACAAGGAAGGUGGGAUGAAAAUAUCUGCCCUAAACUUCUUCAUGGAUCAGAAGAAGGCCAAUAUUCUUGUAGGAUAGAGGGAGUAGAGACUUUCCAACCAGGCUUUAGUUUCCUCUUCGAUUUUGGAGAUAAAUUAGAUUCUCCUGAGUCAAAUUUUGAGGAUCAAAAGUCAGCAAAUUUUUACAUAAAUGAACUUUCUGAGAUAUUUGGAGUAGACAGAAACAGAUCAGUGAAUAAUAUCCAUAAGUUUUCAUACACUGACGAUCCUCUGUCGAGGUCACAAUUUUAUUAUUAUGGAAAUCUGAAGGAAGAACUUUGUGAUGACAACUUAGUUCAUAUGUUCAAAUAUCUGAAUUCUUCUUGAGGUGAUACUGGGAUUCAUACUUUCUUUAAUAGCACGCUGUUUCAACAUUCCCAAUACAAAAGUGUGUCCUUCAAGAUGAUCCACAAUAAGGAUGAGAAAUCCUUUGAUGUGAAGUUCAGGGUCAAUUUUAUAGUGACUAGAAGAUUCUUGCUUGGCAUUAAAUCUCAACUGAAAGAAAUUACUCAGAGGUCCACUGAAAUCCAAUCUCUUAUCCAUUCUCGGUACAAGGAUGAGAACUUCUACUCGUGUCUGAAUGGGGAUAGCAGCAAGAUAACCCUCCAUCAAGGACAUGAGUCUAAAACCUUGCUAAAAGCCGAUAUUGGAAUCGAUUACAAUCUUAAGCUCCUUCUUGGUUGGAUAGACUACUCUUCUAUAACAAUUUCAAAAGUUGGAACUGAUGACUUAGUGAGUAAGAAGUAUCUAAAUGAUAUCUACUUUGACCGGGAGAUGUCCUUUGUACACCAUAUCACCAAUAGAUCUAAUAAAACUUAUGAAAUCUCCACUUUUGAAUUUUUCCCUCAUUAUCUGAAAAUGUACACAAAGGACAUUCAGAUUGAGAUUCAUCAGAGUGAUGGGACAAAGAGGGAUCACAGAUAUUACCAGAUAUCAUUCGAGAAAGCCAGCAUUGGCCUCUGGUUCAGAUUCUCCAACAUCACUCUUGCACCUGAAGAGAGAAUGGUGAUGACCCUAAAAAUCCAAAAGAAAAUGAUCAGUGCUGAAAGUAUGCCUGCUGAUAUUUCUCUCGAUGCGAAUGUUCCUCCUCUCCCUAUGCUUUACAGGGAUAUCAGCGAAGUAAGAAAGGAUAAACAAGCAAUCAAAACUACCUUCAGUCAAUCCUGGAUGGUAGUAAUCAUGGAACCAGAUGCUUCAAUGGUGUUCAACCUAAACGCAAUGUUCUUCGGUGUUCUUGGAGCUAGCAUCCAUUGGCUUUUCACUACCACUAUCGAUAUCAAAGAUCUAAUCGGGAUUUAAACUGUUCAAUAUA